UUUACAUAAUAUAUAUGGCCAUCAGUUAUAGUUCCGAUCUUUUGUUAGUUGACAUCUCAGUGAUUGCGCGUACGACUAUAACAACAUGCUUCUAUCCGUGUACAUAGUGUGUACAUUGUUGCUGUGCAUAUGUGUGCUGCUAUGGAGCUUGGAGCGACGCAAGCGCAACAAAUAUAGAGGAGUACCGACCUACCCCCUCUUACCGUUCAUCGGGAAUAUACAUCAAGUUGUAGGAGACACACAAAAGUUGUUUCACAUAGUGGAAAAUAUUACCGAUAUUUGUGAAGAGAAGCAAUCACUUUUUGUGGUUUGGUUGGGACCCUGUCCUAUUCUAGCGGUGCAACAUCCAGAUGACGUGAAGAUGGUCACCAACUCCUUUGUAGAGAAGCCGUAUUUCUAUGAUUUCGGCAGGGCUUGGCUCGGAGACGGACUCGUCACUGCACCAGGUUACAUAUGGAAGCAAAGCAUCAAGAAAUUAGCUGGUACAUUCACCAGCUCCGUGGUGGACGGUUACCAGGACGUGUUCAACGCUCAGGCGGAGAAGUUGGUGCUCAACUUGAAGACUAAAGUGGGGAAGGAACCAUUCGAUGUCAUGCAUACAUUGGCGUUUGCGACCUUGGAAACUAUUUGUCAAACGGCUUUGGGAGUUUCGAAUAUAUCAGAGAAUAUAGUCACGGAGGAGUACUACGAUGCCUUCAACCGUUGCCUGGAGCUGAUGAUAUACAGGGGUAUGAACAUCCUACUGCACCCUGACGCCAUCUACCGACUCACUCCAGCACAUAAAGAGAUGAUGAAGUGCGUCGCUGCUCUGCACAAAGUGUCUGAUAAUGUGAUGAAGAAGUUACGAGCUGAACAGAAGAAUGUAAAGAUAAGUGAAAUGACUGGAAAUCAUAAUCAAGAUACAAAUAGAGGACCAAAGUUCAAAGCGUUCUUGGACAUUCUACUGGACCUGAGAGAGGUAGACCCGAACCUAACGGAUCAUCAGAUCAAGGCGGAGGUGGACACCAUCAUAUUGGCGGGACAGGAGACGGUAGCCACCGCCUUUUUCUACACCCUGCUGAUGAUUGGGUGCAAGCCAGGAGUCCAGGAGAAGAUGUAUGCUGAGUUGUACAGUAUAUUCGGGGACAGCAAGCGUCCGGUUUCCAAGGAGGACCUCUCUCGCAUGAGUUACUGCGAGGCCAUCAUCAAUGAAACUCUUCGGUUGUACCCACCAGCUCCGGGCGUGAUGCGGUAUGCUGACAGGGAUCUGAAACUUAAAUCCUUCACAAUCCCGAAGGGCACGAUCUGUGCUAUUAAUUUCUGGGGAGCUGGCAGGUCGGUGCGAGCGUGGGGACCUGACGCCAAGGUGUACAGGCCGGAGCGGUGGCUGGAAGACCAGGCGCCUGGCAACCCUGCUGCGUUCCUACCCUUCAGCUAUGGACGACGAGCUUGUAUUGGUAAAAAAUACGCCAUGGCGAUUCUAAAAACGAUGCUGGCGCAUUGUGUCCGGGAGUUGGUGUUCGAGUCCCAGGCUGACAACUUGCAGCUGAAGAUAGACUUAGCCCUAAGGCCGGUUUCCGGCCAUCUCAUACAAAUUAGAUUGCGGGAUAGUGAAAAUCGGUGUCGAUGAAAACUGAUACUAGAGAUUAUUAUAAUAAAGUACUGUAUUGAUUGAA